UUCGUAAACAACAGAGGUCCCUCGGGUUAUGCAUUCCACUCAUUCGUAAACAACAGAGGUCCCUCGGGGGUUUUGCUUUCUCGUUCUUUUUUAUCGGGCAUUUCUUUUUGAUUUCUUAUUUGUUCCGUUGGGGACGUCUUUCAUUUUGGUUUCCCACGCGCUCAUUAGUUUUGCUCUUGGACAGGAAAUUGGAAGGAAUUGGACACAUUGGACAUUGGUUGGACCAACCUAUAUUGGAAAACAUAAGCUAUAAGACGCAAUUUACUAUUUUGAUGAUUACUAUUAUUUGUACAAGGAAACCAUUUUGCAACAAACGCUCAUUGGAUGAUAAUCGAUUUUACUGAUCUGCCAAUUAUUUUUUGGAAAAGUAAAUCAUUGGAUUGGACGUUUAUUCAUUAAGAAUCUACCUUAAUUUGGGAUACAACCUGGCAUUUUGUAUCCUGAAGAGCGCCAACCAGGUUGAUAUGUUAUUACUCAUUCCCUGUUUGGUGGUUGGAAUUCGGAUGUUGUAAAUAAUUUGGAGUCAUUUUGAAAUGAAGAAGAUAACUAACAUUUUAAUCCCUGUCACUACAAUAUUCAUUGUAGUUGCAGCAGCAAAUUCCCAAGUCACAGAUAAUGAAAACCUUCCCCUGGUCAUCAACACUUGGGCUUUUACGGAGGCCAAUGAAGCUGCUUGGAGUACACUGAAAGCCGGAGGCAGUGCCAUUGAUAGCUUGGUUAAAGGCUGUACGACUUGUGAAGAACUACAAUGUGAUGGUACUGUGGGCUAUGGUGGAAGUCCUGAUGAAAAUGGUGAAACCACUUUAGAUGCCAUGAUAAUUGAUGGAUCAAACAUGAAUAUGGGCGCCGUGGCUGGGAUGAAGGAAAUAAAAUCCGCCUCCAAGGUGGCACGUUUUGUUUUGGAACACACAAAACAUUCCAUGCUUGUGGGAGAGGCUGCAACCAAUUUUGCAACAAUGAUGGGCAUGCAACGUGAGUCAUUGUCCACACCAAAGUCGCAGACAAUUCACAAGGAAUGGUUGAAAAAUAAAUGUCAACCAAAUUUUUGGAUUAAUGUUGUUCCAGAUUCCAACAAACAAUGUGGACCUUAUAAACCCCAAAGCGACGCAAAUUCGCGUAGCAAACAACAAUACUACUCAUAUAAAGUAGAUCAAUAUAAUCAUGAUACCAUUGGCAUGAUUGUUAUUGACAAGGCGGGUCAAAUAUUUGCCGGUACUUCAACGAAUGGUGCCACACAUAAAAUACCCGGACGUGUGGGUGAUUCGCCAAUACCAGGUGCUGGUGCAUAUGCUGAUAAUGCGGUGGGAGCUGCUGUUGCCACAGGUGAUGGUGAUGUUAUGAUGCGUUUUCUGCCCUCCUUUUUAGCUGUAGAAUUGUUGCGUAUGGGCGCAACACCUGAAGAUGCGGCCACGGAAUGCAUGCAAAGAAUUGCUAGAUUUUAUCCAAGUUUUAGUGGAGGUUUGGUGGUGGCUACACGUAUGGGGCAAUUUGCCGCUGCCUGUGUUGGAAUGGAUAAAUUUCCCUAUUCGGUGGCUUUUGGUAGUGCAAACAACAGCAGCACUAGGGUACUGUAUCAAACAUGUAUCAAAACCAAAGGAAAUAAAAAUGAAUUGUAAAAAGUUA